GGGAGUGGGGGUGGGGAAAGAAUCAGGAUCUAGCUGAAGUGUCUAAGUGUAUGUGUGUGUUUGUGUUUUGCUUGGUGAGCAACGAGGGGGAGUCCCAGGAUUUUUAGGGGGAGAGCUUCUGAAACUUCACAACCCACCUUCCCUCAACUCCGGCCCCACCCAGUUCCCCUGUGUCUACUGCUUCCUGGUCGCAGUCGCAGCCAUGGCUGAAGAGCAGGCACAGGUUGAGUUGUUCGUCAAGGCUGGCAGUGAUGGUGCCAAGAUUGGGAACUGCCCCUUCUCCCAAAGACUUUUCAUGGUGCUAUGGCUUAAGGGUGUUACCUUCAAUGUCACUACUGUAGACACCAAGAGGAGAACAGAGACAGUACAGAAGUUGUGUCCUGGAGGUCAACUCCCAUUCUUACUGUACGGCACUGAAGUACACACAGACACUAACAAAAUUGAAGAGUUUCUGGAGGAGGUGCUGAGUCCCCCUAGGUACCCCAAGUUGGCAGCCAAGAACCCAGAAUCCAACACAGCUGGCCUAGAUGUCUUUGCCAAAUUUUCUGCCUACAUCAAAAAUUCAAACCCAGCACUCAAUGCCAACUUAGAGAAGGGGCUGUUGAAAGCAUUGAAGGUUCUGGACAAUUAUCUGACAUCACCACUUCCAGAGGAGAUUGAUGAGACAAGUACAGAAGAUGAGGGUGUCUCCCACAGAAAGUUUCUAGAUGGUGAUGAGCUCACGUUGGCUGAUUGCAAUCUACUGCCCAAGCUCCAUAUUGUACAGGUUGUAUGCAAGAAAUAUCGGGGAUUUUCUAUUCCAGAAGAGUUUGGAGGGGUGCAGAGAUACCUGCGUAAUGCAUAUGCCAGAGAAGAGUUUGCCUCUACCUGUCCAGAUGCUGAGGAGAUAGAGCUGGCUUACGAGCUAGUAGCCAAAGCCCUGCAAUAGCCGUGGACAGAACUUUCUUCUGUCCUGCUUCUUUCACAAAUGACUUGAUAAAGCUUCUCAACGAACACAUUUCUAGAUGGCCACUGAGCACAGAAUUUUGAAAUAAAGCACAGAAGGGUAGGGAAGGUUGCUGGGAACAGGAUGGGGAGGAAAAUGAGGGGGAUUUUUUUUUUUUUUUUUGGAAAGGGUUAGGAUGAAAACAUUUCAUAAAUAAAACAAA